AUGACGCGAAAAAGUGAGCGUCCAACUAGCAUUUCGCACAGCGCCUUGCACGUGCCGCGGCGUUUUCGUGAAGACGGGGUAACGAACUGGUUGGCAAACGAAUUUGACGAUACGAAGCAGACUAAAACGAGACGACGCGCGAGCGGUGGUAAAAGUGGGCACAAGAAGACGCGAGUGUAUUGCCAAAUGAGUCGAAGUCGAGCAGCAAAGGACGCUGGUGUGCACUUUUGGAGGUUUGAGCGGGUGGACAAGCCCCUGUGUGAUGUCGAUAUCAGCAAGUAUCCUUUCAAAUUAGUUCGUGACGGGUUGCUUCCUGCGAGUAAAAUUCAAAGCCAAAUGCAGCAGUAUCAGCAGACGCUUUUCCAAUACUGCCAGCAGCAAUGGCAGCAAGAUGGACAUACUGAGGGUAUGAUGCCGUCACAAGGGCAACAACGACUGCCCGACUUUGUUAAGUGCUUCUUGGUGCCUUUUGAUACGGACUACAUUGUAACGGUAGCAGCAGCUCUGCAAGGAACAAAAGUCAGAGGUGAUUUACGCGUGGCAGCGUGUUUUGGGCAGACUUUGUUCCACCUCCACAGUACGUCAGCCGGUCGAAAGUACUACUUCAACGAGUUGCGCGAUAUCAGCUGUCCGCGCGACGUCCAGUCGAGCUGGUCAAAUGUAUGUGAUGAUGGAUCACCGGCUAUCAGUGGGCUACUCGAUCAAUUGCGUCGAAGCGAUCCAGUCAAGACGCAGGUCUCUGCGCUGAAAUUAACGGUACGCUGCUGCUGUUCGAAACCAGGCGGUGGACCAACGGUUGCCAAUAUUGAUUACUUUCGCAAAGGUGACCAGUGGGUACACGCAAGUUCCCGCGCGAUGUCGGAUGUGUUUGCUUACCACGACAUUUCACUGGACAACGAGACGAGCUUCCGAGUAAAAGUCUACGCUGAACAACUAGGAUCGACAAAGGCUUGGUGGGGUUCCGUUCAUAACCUCGUGCUAUUGGAUGAGUCGAACGGGGAUCCCUUUACGACCGAGGCUAGUCUCGUGUCUUGCGCUCAAAAUGAUGUCGUCAUUGACUUUGUUACCAUCAAAAGUGUCUCGGGUUUGUCAGAGUACGGCGGACUAUGCUUUCAGUUAUCCAGGAAGCAGGGUUGUUCCUUCCUGAAAGCGUACCUUCCAAAAGGAAGGCUGGCAAAGAAGCAAGCAGACAAAGGCUUUGAGUUUAUUGUCACAAGGUUGUUGGAGAUCCUGGGCCGAUCACUUUGA